AACGAUGAUGGUCUUGUUUGGGCAAGUCAGCAGAAAAGAAAAAUCUCCAUUUCUAGCAAAAGACAUUAGAAGAAGAAAGGAUAACUGAAAACUCAGAAAGAAAGCUUGUAGCAGUUAAGGUGUGAGAAACACCGACCAAGUCCCAAGUUAGUUCACAAUUAGCAGAAAACCAAGAAUGUCCGUAGCUUCAUCCCAGCAGAGCUUCCUUGCCAACGCCCUCUAUUCACCAACCCACAAGCUUAAAACCAAGAUAUCCACUUCAACUUUCACCAUCUCAUGCAGAUUCCCACCAAACCAUGACCCCAAAGAUUCCAAUUCUUCCAGAAAGAAUGAGAACCAAUUGGCAAAACUGGCAAUGGUUACACUGGCUGCUGGUGUGUUGACAUUGGGGUCGGUUCAUGAUGCAUCGGCGGCAAAGUCCGGCGGUAGGGUCGGUGGCCAGGCGUUCCGGUCUUCGGCUCCUAGGUCAGCUCCUAGAGCCAAUAAUAAUUCAAGGACCAAUAUUUAUAUAAAUCCUCCAGUGGCCCCUCCUUUAGUUGGAGGUUAUGGGUAUGGAUUUGGUGUACCCUUCUAUGGUGGCUGGGGUUGGUCGCCAUUUUCGUUCUUUACUCCGGGCCCGAGUGUUGCUGUUGGCAUUGGUGGUGGGUUUGAAACAUUUUUACUCUUCGUAUUUCUUGGUGCUCUUGCUGCUGUUGUGAGGAGAUUUGUUGGACCAAGAGAAGAAGAUGAUGAUUAUUAAUAGACAGACCACUUUUUGAUACUAGUCUAAUGUCACAAAAAUACUCACUCCUUGGCUAUGAUGCAUAUCUAGCUUCCUUGUAUAAAUAUGGGAAUAUAUGUUUUUGUAAUGCCUGCAAUUAUAAUAUGAUGUAAUUAUGUUUUCAAAUUUAAA